AUGCUUCUUAUUCGAUCACCAACAUUAACUUUUGCAUUUAUAUUUUCCAUUAUAUCAAUUUGUUUAGCAAUUUUAACAUUUAAUAUUAAUUAUGAUAAAUCCGAAGAUCUUAUACAAUUUUUAAUAAUAUGUCCACCCAUAAAUUGUAUAUUUAUCUUUCUGUUCUCUGCUACAUGGAUUGAACGUCGUUUUCGUUUAUCUUAUAUUCCAUUUAUAUGUUUAUUAAUUUUAUUUUCUUCAUUUAUAACAUUAACAAGUAUAUCAACAUUAUUUUUACAUUUAUCAAUAAUAAUGUAUUUCAAUUUAAUUUAUUAUUGUUUUUGUUCAAUUUUAUUUCUAUGUAUGAUUAUUACAACUAUAAUAUCAUAUUUUUAUGGUGCAUUAUUUAUUCAUCGUUUUCGUAAUAUGAUGACAAUUGAACAACAAAAUAGUGAAAUAUUAAAUGAAGUUGAACGUCUUCAUAUUGAUAAACAUAUAUUAAAAUCAUCAAACGAUAAUGAAUUAAUUUUAUUUAUGUCAAAGUUACCUGGGCGUCGGAUACGUCAUGAUAUUCGUAAUAUAGAAGAUGAUUUAAAUGAAAUACAAGUUGAUACAAUUAUAACAUUAAAUGAAAUUAAAGAAUUAUCAUUCAUGGAUAUGACGAAUAAGAAUCUAUAUAAUAUGGAUACAUAUUCAAUGCAUAUAAAACGAGCAAAUAUUGAACAUAUUAUAUAUCCAAUACGAGAUCGUUUUAUACCAAAAUCAAUUAGUGAUUAUAUGCAAUUUAUAUAUAGUAUAAUAAUAAAUUCGAAUCGUUUGAAUCGCAAUCGUAUACUUGUACAUUGUAUGGGUGGAAUAGGAAGAACUGGUAUGACAAUUGUUUGUUUAGAACUUACCUAUGAAUAUAUCAUGAGAAAUACGAAUGAACUAGAAAAAAAUCAAAAAUUUAUUGAACGUUUUUGGCAUUAUCCAUUGUUAUUGCCAAAAUAUUGCCGAGUAUGCCAAGCAAUUGCAACUGUUAGAAAAGCACGACCAGGAACAAUUCAUAAUCCAUUACAAAUUUUAUUUGUUCAUGAAUAUUAUGCUCGUUUAAAAUCUUCGUCAUAUAUGCAUCAAAUUAAACUUAUACUUGAUCUUCAUGAAAAAUUAUUAUCAUCUACACAAGAUAAUUUACAUUCACCAUUAAAUCUUUCUCAUGAACAUUAA